ACACCCCUCGGUGUUCCUUCUCAUCUUCCUCUCUCUCUCUCUCUCUUAUAAACAACACUUCAUCUGUCACAUGGCCAAUUGCAAGAGGAUAUCUUACUGAAUGCACUUUUGAGGAAUGGAAUCCAUUGACCCGCCCCUCAUUCACACACACCCUCAUGACCCGACACUAAACUCCCACAGCAUGUUGACAUGUAUAAAGUGCUUCAGAAAUAGAAGGACCUGUUAUAGUAUCUUACAUUCUAUCUUCAACUGGUUUCCUGAUGAGGGCAUUUUCUGGGUUUCAGUCUAGUGUAGUGUAGAUGAAAUGACCUCUAUAAAGAAGAGAGACAGGUGGUGACAGAUGUGACAGUCUUCUAGCUGAGGCUGCUGAUCAAAGGAUUCCCUCUCUGUUUGGGGAUGAUGGGAUGGAUCCUUCAUCCCUCCUUCUCACCGCAGGUCAAUCGCCCUGAUGACAUCAAUAGACAGACGGUAGGGGAGCAGCUUGAUGUGAAAUAACAUGUACACACACUAAAACACACAUAUACAUUCACACACACACACACACUGAGCUUUUAUGCAUUUAACGCAUCGUGUCAACACCACCCUUAUAUAAGGCCACAACACACACAUUUGACAUAAUCCACAAACACACACACAUGGAUGGACACAUGCACAUACACACUGAUGCACGAAAGCACACGCAUGCACACACACACGCACCCUAUCACACAGCUAUAGAUGGCCCAAAUUGUACAGGUCCCUAUUACACAGCUAUAGAUGGCCCAAACUGUACAGGUCCCUAUCACACAGCUAUAGAUGGCCCAAACUGUACAGGUCCCUAUCACACAGCUAUAGAUGGCCCAAACUGUACAGGUCCCUAUCACACAGCUAUAGAUGGCCCAAACUGUACAGGUCCCUAUCACACAGCUAUAGAUGGCCCAAACUGUACCGGUCCCUAUCACACAGCUAUAGAUGGCCCAAACUGUACAGGUCCCUAUCACACAGCUAUAGAUGGCCCAAACUGUACAUGUCCCUAUCACACAGCUAUAGAUGGCCCAAACUGUACAUGUCCCUAUCACACAGCUAAAGAUGGCCCAAACUGUACAUGUCCCUAUCACACAGCUAUAGAUGGCCCAAACUGUACAUGUCCCUAUCACACAGCUAUAGAUGGCCCAAACUGUACAUGUCCCUAUCACACAGCUAUAGAUGGCCCAAACUGUACAGGUCCCUAUCACACAGCUAUAGAUGGCCCAAACUGUACAUGUCCCUAUCACACAGCUAUAGAUGGCCCAAACUGUACAUGUCCCUAUCACACAGCUAUAGAUGGCCCAAACUGUACAUGUCCCUAUCACACAGCUAUAGAUGGCCCAAACUGUACAGGUCCCUAUCACACAGCUAUAGAUGGCCCAAACUGUACAUGUCCCUAUCACACAGCUAUAGAUGGCCCAAACUGUACAUGUCCCUAUCACACAGCUAAAGAUGGCCCAAACUGUACAUGUCCCUAUCACACAGCUAUAGAUGGCCCAAACUGUACAUGUCCCUAUCACACAGCUAUAGAUGGCCCAAACUGUACAGGUCCCUAUCACACAGCUAUAGAUGGCUCAAACUGUACAUGUCCCUAUCACACAGCUAUAGAUGGCCCAAACUGUACAGGUCCCUAUCACACAGCUAUAGAUGGGAGAAGCAGAAGCACUCUCACAAUGACUAUCCAAAUCCAUGACAUCACUGUUAAAGAAACAGAAGGAAUACAACAUUGAGCUACUUUCACAUCAAAUAAAAUACAAUUAGAGGACAAAUGGUCAGGUGUGUGGAUGGACUCGGAACAACAGCACCAGCACUGUGAGAGAUAUCAAUUACCUCCAGGGCUCCAGUGUCUCUGCUGCUGAAUAGCCUGAUGACAUCAGAGACGGGAUUCACUCUUCCACCAGGAUGGGGUUUCAUUGCUCUCAACUGUAGGGUUAUCACAGGUGGAGUCCUACAUGAUGGUACACACGUACUGUAGAUCUAUGUUGAUAAACCAGCAUUGAAUUGCAAUACAACAUUGGUUGAAAGUGUUGUAUACACAUAAUGUAUGUGUAUAAUAGCGAACCUAGUGCCCUUAAAUACACCCUUAUUUUUAUUUUUAUUUAACCUUUAUUUAACUCGGCAAAUCAGUUAAGAACAAAUUGUUAUUUACAAUGACGGCCUAGGAACAGUGGGUUAACUGCCUUGUUCAGGGGCACUUCUACUGAACACAGUACCCUGACAAGACAGUCACAUGAUUGGAUGGCGUUUUAAAUCAUCCUCAAAAACUCUCUUCAAUCUGUGGAAAAAUAUCACAGUCUGCCGAUAUGGACAGCCCCAUCAAGAGGAUCCUCCUGGAUGAUGUAUUUUGGGAGAGAGUGGUAAGCAGUCUGAAACUCCUGAAACCUAUAGCAGUAGCCAUUGCACGGAAAAAUAUAUAUAUUUAACCUUUAUUUAACUAGGCAAGUCAGUUAAGAACAAAUUCUUAUUUUAUAUUUUAUUUCACCUUUAUUUAACCAGGUAGGCCAGUUGAGAACAAGUUCUCAUUUACAACUGCAACCUGGCCAAGAUAAAGCAAAGCAGUGCGACACAAACAACAACACAGAGUUACACAUGGAAUAAACAAACGCACAGUCAAUAACACAAUAGAAAAAAUCUAUAUACAGUGUGUGCAAAUGAGGUAAGAUUAGGGCGGUAAGGCAAUAAAUAGGCCGUAGUGGCGAAGUAAUUACAAUUUAGCAAUUAAACACGGGAGUGAUAGAUGUGCAGAAGAUGAAUGUGCAAGUAGAGCUACUGGGGUGCAAAGGAGCAACAACAAAAAAAUAACAAUAUGGGGAUGAGGUAGUUGGAUGGGCUAUUUACAGAUGGGCUGUGUACAGGUGCAAUGAUCUGUGAGCUGCACUGAUAGCUGAUGCUUAAAGUUAGUGAGGGAGAUAUGAGUCUCCAGCUUCAGUGAUUUUUGCAAUUCGUUCCAGUCAUUGGCAGCAGAGAACUGGGAAUUUAUUUACAAUGACGGCCUACACCGGCCAAACCUGGACGACGCUGGGCCAAUUGUGCACCGCCCGAUGGGACUCUCAAUCACAGCUGGUAGUGAUGCAGCCUGGAUAGCUAACCUAGUGCUCUUAACUGCACACAUAUGCUGGUGAUCUCCAUCUUUUCUCGUUCCACCUGAUAAUGUAAUGGCUAGAAGCUUUCAGAUCCAAUUGACAAUUAUGACGUUGAUAUUAGACAUAAAAUCCCAGCGGAUAAAAUAUUACAUGUUGCUUAGUCCCACUAGCCAGUGAAUAAACUACACUCCAGCUGAACUCACUUCAUCAGUGGAGACGGUGUUAUCACUAGAUGACAGUACAGACGUGUUGGUCAUCAGUGUAGCUAUAGGUUAGCUAUAGGUUAUCUAUAGGUUAGCUAUAGGUUAGCUAUAGGACUGAACUCACUUCAUCAGUGGGGACGGUGUUAUCACUAGAUGACAGUACAGACGUGUUGGUCAUCAGUGUAGCUAUAGGUUAGCUAUGGGUUAGCUAUAGGUUAGCUAAAGGUUAUCUAUAGGGCUGAACUCACUUCAUCAGUGGAGACGGUGUUAUCACUAGUUAACAGUGCAGACGUGUUGGUCGUCAGUGUAGCUAUAGGUUAGCUAUAGGUUGUCUAUAGGUUAGCGGCCUGUUUCCCAAGGCAUUAUGCAAAUUGUUGUGGCCCAUUUGGCCCAGUGAGUCACAUGCCUGUACAUGAUCAAUCCAUGAUUAGGCCGAUAAUACUGAUCAAUAAACUACCCAACCCACUCCGACACAAACACAGCCCUCAGGCUAAUGUGAAAGCAUGUCAAUCCCCUCACUCCACAUGUGACUGUUCCAUUAUCUCUCUCUCUCUCUCUCUCUCUCUCUCUCUCUCUCUCUCUCUCUCUACCUCUCUCUCUCUCUCUACCUCUCUCUCUCUCUCUCUCUCUCUCUCUACCUCUCUCUCUCUAUACCUC